AUGCCAAGGUGUCGGGAAAAAGCGCAGUUCAAGUACAAGGACAAGAAGGGUGAAAUUUCGUGGCACAGAUUGACCGACAUCGUGAGGGAUACCAUCGUUUACAAAAAUCUGCACGACAUGUGGGGACCUUGGAAAAGGGGAAAGCUCACUUGCAGCAUCUCCUGCAGCUGUAAAGGUAUGUGCGAGCCCGCCGAGGUACAAAGGUCUCCAAGCAAUCCAUGA